AUGACACCCACCCUUGCCAGCGACGGCGGGAGCAGCAUCAUCGGAGUAGACAACGCGAUGGGGUCGCUGGUCGCUCAGCGGAGUGGCGGCAGUCCCGACACAGUGCUCAAUCUCAUGCUGACGGGCAAUCCGCUCCCAGGAGAUGAUUCCCUUGGGUAUAACGGCUGGAGCAACAUCGCCCGGAUCAAUCCGGAUUGCAUUGCGGUCUAUGCGUUCCCGCUGGUGGUCCAACCCGUUCAGGUUGAUGGUGACGGUGAUGGCAGUGCUGCUGCUGCUGCUGCUGCUGCUGUUUUCUGCAUCGCCCUCUCCGAGCGAAUGCUUGCUAUCCCCUGGGGCGCGCCUUCAUUGCCCGUCCAAGGCGAGUGUUAUAUCCACAAUUCCUCCAGGGCCAUCUUCUUCGGCGGCAACACAUGCCUCUAUAGCCAGCGCGUCAUCGCGGACAUGUGUGUGCAUCUCGAAUAG